AUGCUGAGUUAUGAAGAGCGUAGCUCGCUUUUGGGGGUAGUUUUGCGCCAGAAGGUAGUGCUAGAUUUUGUUCAAACAGUGAUGCGUCGUGGGGUUACGACAAAGGGCGGUACUCAACUUAGAUGUAGCAAUUCAUCAUUGCUUCAAUGGGAGAAGGAGAGAGAAUAUACCCAUUUGUGCAAUUCCAUUGCUUCUGAUAGCUCUAUGUGUGCAGAGGAAAAAUAUGAAAAAAUUGUAGCUGCGGUAAAUCAUAUUAGAGGGUCAAAUAGUAUGACAUUUAGUAAUUUUCUCCCACUUACCCCGGCUUUCGUGUUGGCAGUUUCAUUAGCCAAACUGCAGUAUGGAGAGGUGUCUGUUGAGUUCCAGAUGGCAUCACUUGAGUUGGUGUUGUCAUAUAUUGCUAGGGGUGCCUAUAGUAGAGCGGGAAAAAUUAUGAAAAGUCUUGCCCAGGGAGAAGUACUAGUAGAUUCCCAAGUGGGAACAUUCUAUGGAGAUUUGACUGCUUUUUUACGUUUAUUGAAGAGUAGAGAUUUCUCCAGUUUCAUUUCAACAGAAGAAAGACGUUUUCUCCCUCUUGUAUUCUGUACUGGUGAAAAACAUUACUCUUUAAAGAAAAUCACCCGAUAUUUGGAGGAGUGUAAAUUGCAGAAACUUCCUGUAACUAUCAUGCUUUAUUGUUAUUUUUCAGCUAUAACUGCUUCUUUUCAUUUGUUAGAGUAUUUGACAGAUGAAUGUGUUACAUGUGAUAUUGGGGAAGAGGUUUUAAAAAAAUCGUUGCUCGCAACAACUCUACGGGAGCUUAGCGCAUUAAAGGAGGAUGCGCGAGAACGUAUUCUGAAAAAAACUUCUCUGAAUUCAAAAAAGGAGGAAGUAGAAAGCUUUAUUGGAGUAUGUUUAAAGGAUUGUGAGGAGUUUAUUCGCAGUAACAAGUGUGGUGAUUAUGGUGCUUUAUUAUCCUUUGCUUUUGUGAAAAUUCGAUGGGAAAAGGAAUGUGGUUUGUUGCCAUUAAAAAAAUUUUUAGAAAAUUUUCUGAUUUGUUGUCGGAAUUUACAAAUAGAGGAUACUGUGUUUUUCUCUAUUUUUAUUGCUGAUGCUGAUUUUUUUUUGAAGGGAAAGAAUGUACCACUUUUUUCCCACACAUGCGAUAUUUCUGCUGUGGAACUGCCCCUGGUGCGAAGCGACACGGGAUCGUCUUGUUCUCUGUUUGAAGAGGUUGAAGGAAAAGUUAUUGUAUCUCCUGAGAAGGAUUAA